AUGUAUCAUGAUCAUACUGAUCAUUCGGUAGAAACUAUCCGUCGAGAUAGUCAAGUGUUGGGCCACCUUCCAAAAUUAAUGGUGGUUAAUCGUGGGGAAAUAGCUAUUCGUAUUUUUCGAACCGCUCAUGAACUUUCAAUGAAAACUGUCGCUAUUUUCAGUCAUGAAGAUCGUUUGUCAACGCACCGUUAUAAAGCUGAUGAAGCCUAUCAAAUAGGUGAUCCUAGUCAACAUACUCCUGUCGGUGCUUAUCUUGCUCAAGAUGAAAUCAUUCGUAUCGCAAAAUCAAAAGGUGUAUCGAUGAUUCAUCCGGGUUACGGUUUUCUUUCGGAAAAUGCUAGCUUUGCACGAAAAGUUGAAGAGGCUGGAAUCGCUUAUGUUGGCCCUACUCCUGACAUUAUUGAAAAAUUGGCUAUCGAAUGCGGUAUCCCUGUAGUUCCAGGUACUCCUGGUCCGGUUUCAACAUUUGAUCAGGCUAAAGAUUUUAUAGAGGAAUAUGGUUUUCCAAUUAUUAUUAAGGCGGCAAUGGGUGGUGGCGGGCGUGGAAUGAGAGUGGUUCGUGAAUUAGAAAAUUUUGAAGAUUUGUUUAACCGUGCAAAGUCUGAAGCUUUGGCUGCUUUUGGUGAUGGAACCGUUUUCUUGGAACGUUUUUUGGAGAGACCAAAACAUAUUGAAGUUCAAUUGCUAGCUGAUAAAGAAGGCAAUGUAAUUCAUUUAUUUGAACGUGAUUGUUCUGUACAAAGACGUCAUCAAAAAGUGGUUGAAGUCGCUCCUGCAAUUAAUUUAAAGAGUUCUGUGCGUGAUGCCAUUCUCAAUGAUGCUGUAAAACUCGCAAAGCAUGUGCACUAUCGGAAUGCUGGUACUGCUGAGUUUUUAGUUGACCAGCAGGACAGAUAUUAUUUCAUUGAAAUAAAUCCUCGAAUUCAAGUUGAGCACACAAUUACAGAGGAGAUCACUGGUAUUGAUAUAGUCGCAGCUCAAAUUCAAAUUGCUGGUGGUGCUCUUCUCGCUCACCAAAAUCUUAUACAAGAUCGUAUACAAGUUCUUGGUCAUGCUAUUCAGUGCCGUGUAACCACUGAAGAUCCUGCUCAAAAUUUCCAGCCAGAUACUGGAAAAAUUGAAGUUUACAGAUCAGCUGGUGGCAAUGGUGUUCGAUUAGAUGGUGGUGCUGGUUACGCUGGUGCCAUAAUUACUCCACAUUAUGAUUCUUUAUUAGUAAAGGUUACUUGUUGGGGAAAAACUUAUGAAAUUGCCAGACGAAAAAUUCUUCGUUCUUUAACCGAAUUUAGAAUUCGUGGUGUAAAAACAAACAUCCCAUUUUUACAACGUUUAUUAAUUCAUAGCGCUUUUGCAAAUGGUGAAGCGUGGACAACUUUCAUCGAUGAUACUCCUGAUCUUUUUAGAUUGGUAGAAAGUAAGAAUCGUGCUCAAAAAAUUUUGAAAUAUUUGGGUGAUGUUGUUGUUAAUGGAAGCAGCAUUAAAGGUCAAAUUGGUGAACCUUCAUUUAAGCAACCAUUAUAUCUUCCAACCAUCCGCUCUCAAGAUGGUCCUGAGCCUGUCGAUCUAAGCAGUCCUCCUGAACGUGGUUGGAGACACAUAAUUCAAGAACAAGGACCUGAAGCAUUCGCUAAGGCUGUUCGCGAAUAUAAAGGCGUAUUAAUCAUGGACACAACAUGGAGAGAUGCUCAUCAGAGUUUGUUGGCAACUAGAGUCAGAACUAUCGCUCACGCACUUGCAAAUGCUUAUUCUCUUGAAAUGUGGGGUGGUGCGACUUUUGACGUAUCUAUGAGAUUUUUAUAUGAGGAUCCUUGGGACCGUUUAAUGAAAUUACGCAAGCUAGUUCCAAACAUUCCUUUCCAAAUGUUACUUCGUGGUGCAAAUGCUGUGGGUUAUACUUCAUAUCCGGAUAAUGUUAUAUAUGAUUUUUGUAAAAAGGCAAAGGAACAUGGCGUGGACAUUUUCCGUAUCUUUGAUUCUCUCAAUUAUCUUGAAAAUAUGAAAUUAGGCAUUGAUGCUGUUAGAAAAGCUGGUGGUGUAAUAGAAGCUGCAAUUUGUUAUACGGGUGAUGUCUCUGAUCCAAAUAAGACAAAAUAUAAUAUAGAUUAUUAUUUAAAUUUCACCCAAGAAUUAGUUAAUGAAGGAAUUCAUGUACUUGGUAUUAAGGACAUGGCUGGUUUAUUGAAACCAGAAGCUGCAGAAAUUUUGAUCGGUAGCAUAAGGAAAAGAUGGCCUGAUUUACCAAUCCAUGUUCAUACUCAUGAUACAGCAGGAACUGGUGUUGCCAGUAUGUUGGCUGCUGCUAAAGCAGGUAUGUCCGGUUUAACUUCUCAACCAUCUAUGGGUGCCUUCGUUUCUGCACUCGAGCAUUCUGAACUUGGUACGGGUAUUAGAUUGGAAGAUGUGCAUGCUUUGAAUGAAUAUUGGGAACAAGCACGUAAAUUAUAUAGUUGCUUCGAGUCUGGAGUUCUAAGUGGUGAUUCUUCAGUGUAUGAACAUGAAAUGCCUGGUGGUCAAUACACAAAUUUAAUGUUCCAGGCUUCACAGUUAGGCCUUGGUAAACAAUGGAAAGAAAUCAAGAAAGCUUAUGCUGAAGCCAAUUAUUUAUGUGGCGAUAUUAUUAAAGUGACGCCUAGUUCAAAAGUUGUAGGAGAUCUUGCUCAAUUUAUGGUCACUAAUAAAUGGUCUUAUAACGAUGUCAUUGAAAAGGCAAAAAAUAAUACAUCAUUCCCAGUUUCAAUUGUAGAGUUUUUCCAAGGUUAUUUAGGACAACCAUAUGGUGGAUUUCCAGAACCACUUCGCUCAAAUAUUAUCCGUGAUCUUCCGCGAAUUGAUGGACGACCCGGUACAACACUGAAAUCUAAGGAUCUUGAUGAACUUAAAAAAGAGUUGAUAGCUAAAUAUGGUCGGUCCAUUCGUGAUAUUGACGUAUCCUCAGCAGCAAUAUAUCCAAAAGUGUUUGCAGAAUAUCGUGAACAGCUUGAAAAAUUUGGUGAUGUCUCAGUAAUCCCAACAAGAUAUUUUUUGUGCAAGCCUGAGAUUGGUGAAGAAUUUUGCAUAAAUCUCGAAGAAGGUGUUACUCUAAUUAUAAAGUUUUUGGCUAUCGGACCUCUAAGUACUACUACUGGAAAACGAGAAGUAUUCUUUGAUUUAAAUGGUGAAACUAGAGCCGUCGGUAUAGAGGAUAGAAGUGCCGCUGUUGAACAUGUUCAUCGCAAGAAGGCUGAUACAGGAAAUCCUGGUGAAGUUGGAGCACCAAUGUCUGGAGUAGUGAUUGAAAUAAGAGUACAUGAAGGAUCUGAGGUUAAAGCUGGGGACCCAAUAUGUGUUCUUUCAGCAAUGAAGAUGGAAACAAUAGUUUCAUCACCUGUUUCUGGAAAAAUUGACCAUAUAGAGGUUAAAGAAAGUGAUUCAUUAUCAGCAGGAGAUUUAAUAGUUAAAAUAAUUAAGUAA